GCUUGUCUUUGGCUGUACAUAAAUAUAUGCAAUAUUCUCGCGCUACGCAAACCAAGGCAUGCAAUAAUUUAUUCUCUUCCCAUCCAAAUUCCCUCUCUCAUUUCCCACCUUCCGCCGGCGAUGGCAGUCCUCUCCGAUCGCCGCCGCAUGCUAUCGCCGGUGGACGUCGACUCCCAUCCAAAUCCAAUGGCAGAUUCCGUUCCUAACAACCGCCGCCGAGUCGCCGGUGAAAAUGGCCACCACUUUCGCCCUGCUCGGCAAAGCUCGUUUCGGAGAGAUAUUGGCCACGUCGCCGCGGAAACCUACUUGAUUACUCGUCUCGCCAUCACGCUUCUUAAGUAUCUCGGGAUUGGUUACCGAUGGAUGAGGCAACUACUUGCCCUUGGAUGUUAUGCAAUGCUACUUAUGCCUGGGUUUUUACAAGUUGCUUACUGCUAUUACUUCUCAAGCAAGGUAAAGCGAAGCAUUGUUUAUGGAGAUCAACCUAGAAACAGGUUGGAUCUGUAUCUACCUGCUGAUAUUAGUGAACCUAAGCCAGUUUUGAUAUUUGUAACUGGGGGAGCAUGGAUUAUCGGGUAUAAAGCAUGGGGCUCCCUUUUAGGACUACAGUUGGCAGAAAGAGGCAUUAUAGUGGCAUGCAUUGAUUACAGAAAUUUUCCUCAAGGAACCAUCAGUGAUAUGGUAAAUGAUACUUCUCAGGGUAUUUCCUUUGUCAUCAACAACAUAGCUAAUUAUGGAGGAGACCCUAAUAGGAUUUAUCUAAUGGGGCAAUCUGCUGGUGCUCAUAUUUCUUCUUGCACUUUAUUGGAUCAAGCAACCAAAGAAGCUGGAAAAGAAGAUAGUGUUUCUUGGAGCAUUUCCCAAAUAAAAGCUUAUUUUGGUUUAUCUGGAGGAUACAACUUGUUGAAUUUAGUAGAUCACUUCCACAAUCGUGGCUUGUAUCGUUCUAUAUUUUUAAGCAUAAUGGAAGGUGAACAAAGCUUGAAGAAAUUUUCUCCUGCAAUCAAAAUUCAAGAUCCAUGCCUCAAAGAUAUUAUUCCGCUCUUGCCCCCUGUAUUUCUGUUCCAUGGAACUGCUGAUUAUUCCAUACCAUCAGUUGCCAGUGAACAGUUUGCUGAUGCUCUUAAGAAGGCAGGGGCAAGAGCUGAGCUGAUUCUGUAUGAGGGGAAAACUCAUACAGAUUUGUUUCUUCAAGAUCCACUCCGAGGUGGUAAAGAUGACCUAUUUGAUUAUGUAGUUUCGACUUUACAUUCCAAUGAUAUUGAUGCUCUUGCAAAGGAUGCCACUGCACCCCCAAGAAGACGGUUUGUUCCUGAGAUUUUGUUGAAAUUGGCUGGCAAGAUCAGUCCCUUCUAAGGUUGUAGUAUUCAUAGUAUUUCUUAUUGACGAACUUCUCUGGCUUUAGUUCGUGUAUAUAUACCUCAAACUCCUCAUUCAUUGAGUCACCAUAUUUCUUGGGAGAAAUAGGUUGACGUUCCUUAUGAACUUAGGGCCUAUCAUAUUGCGAGGUGUGGCCUAGAUCUCCAUGUUUAGUGAAUUUUGCUAUCUCCCAUUCACUUAUAUAUUAAUAUAUUAAUAUUAAUGUCAAUUUCUCGUACUAUUCUUUUAAUUUGAAUGUCAUGUAUUCUUU